AUGAUCUUGGCCCGCUGGGCCGCUGGCCCCACUGAGGCGCCCCCCGCAAAUGAGGAGGGGGGGAAAGGAGGAGGAGGAGAAGAUGGAGAUGAAGGAGAAGGAGGAGCAGCAGUUUGGGGAAUUGGAGAUGCCGGCAACACAGCGAUCCUGACCGAGACGACCAGUAGUAAUACGAGCUCAGGAAGCACAACACCAGCUCCCGCAGCACCCUCCUCGUCUGUCAAGUCCCCCAAAUCACGGCUGGGGAAGAAGUCUGCUACUACUCGCAGGGGGCUUGGGUCAGGUACACGUACAGGGUCAAGCAGCAGCAGCGGGAGCGGAAGCGGUGGGAGCAUCGGAGGAGGGAUACCGUUAUUAGGAGGAGGGAUACUAGGAGUAGGAGGACCCGGACAACCAUCAGGAGGAGGGCAAGGAGGAGGAGGAGGAGGAGGAGGAAGACGCAGGACCUCUUCCAGAAUUAUUAAGACGACCCCGCCGUCGUCUACCGCCGUGUCCCGGGCCACCUCCGUCUCCCCUACCUCUACUCUCCUCACCUCGCCCCCUUCGUCUGCGGCCAUCACAGCUGCAACCUCUGCCGCGACGACGCGCUCGCCCACCUCGACUCCCACUGCUGCAGUGGCCGGUGCCGCCGCUGCUGCAGCCGCUGCAAGCCGCAAGGUCUUCCCCAAAAGUAUGGAGCCCCCCGUCGUCUCUUUUUACGGGGCCGAGCCCAUCCCGUUGCCAUCGCGCUUCGCUGGCGUCAAGAAGCGGCUUAUCGCCGGCCACGAAGCUGCCGUUGAGGCUUCGUGGCACCGUCUCAUCAAUGCUCUGAGGACCGAGAUUACAGAUAUCUCCACUCGCGGAUCGGAGCUGAUCCCGUCCAUCAACUUCACCGACAUCAAUGACCCUGUCCGCGUCGAAGCCUUUGCGCACAGGCUGCGCCGGUAUGGUGUAGCUGUCAUACGCGGCGUUGUGCCGCCCAACGAUGCUCAGAAAUGGGUGCACGAAACUCACGAGUAUCUCGACAAGAACCGCGAGUUCAAGCCACCCGCUCUUCACGACCCUACUUGCAUUGAUCUCUUCUGGACGCCCGUUCAGGUGCGUGCCCGCGCGCAUCCCAACAUGCUGCGCGCGCAAAAGUUCGCAAUGUCCUUUUGGGAAUCGACAGACGACGUGCACAUCACCCGGGCACCUGUGAGCUAUGCCGAUCGUCUUCGUAUUCACAACGACAAGCUCGGCGCCGUCGGUCAACCCACCGGAAACUCGGCCGCAGACUCUCUUAGCACCACUGCCUCAUCAACCGUUAUCGCGCAAAUCGACAGCGGCAGUCUAGAACGCUGGGAACCGGACGGUUACGGCCGUGGCGGCACCUACGAGGCCGUCUUCCGCGGCGACUGGGAGUCCUACGAUCCCUGGGAUCCGGCCGGCCGAGUCGGUGCCACGACGGAUCUGUACAACGGCGCGGGCGCCUGCAGCAUCUUCCGCAUGUUCCAGGGUAUUCUCGCGCUCACCGAGGUUGAGCAGGGCAUGGUGCGCGUGUUGCCGUCGCCCAAGCUGGUGGCUGCGUACUUCCUCUUGCGGCCGUUCUUCUCGCCGAAGCGUGGGCCGCCAGAGCAGCCGGAUGGCGGCAAGGCGGACCAGUGGGCUGCGUAUCUUGAUGCGUCCAACUGGACGCUUGACCUGGAGCCAAAUACCAUUAUCCACGGAGCCGUCCCGGGUCAUGCUCAGCGUCUCACGGAACGCUGGCACCCGCAUCUGCAUCUGCGCAGGAGUCUGGUCUCUAUGCCUAGCCUACAGGCCGGUGACUACGUCAUCUGGCAUUGCGACCAGGCCUACUCCAUCAUCACGGGCGGCACCAGGUUAGGCGUCCCGCCGUCGUUGCAAAACGAGUCAAAUGAGCUUUCCCUGCUCACGUACACCCCCGUUUGCCCCCUAACGCAGACAAAUGCCCUGUUCCUCGCUCGCCAGAGAAAGGCAUUCCAGACCGGUCAACCGGGGCCGGACUUUGACACGCUGGGUGGGCUGGGAAGCGAAGCCUCGCAUCAGGAUCGUCCCGGUGCCAAGGAGGUCGAGGAGUACGGCGGAGUCGACGGCCUCCGCGCAAUGGGAUUGGCACCCUACGAUGUCGAACCAGCGGGUGUCAUCCCGCCCAAGCAUGCGGAUGCCAUGGAUAUUGAUGAUGAGGAGGGCAUCAGGAACAAGACAAAGACGGAAGCGGAGACGGAACUCCUGCGGCUGGCAAACAUCAUUCUCUUCCCGAGCCGCUACGAUUUCUAUAUUCCUACAAAUGGCACCCGAGGCAGCGGCGAUCGCACUCCUCGCGCGACUGCAGGACCGCCAAAGACGGUGGUGAACGGCAGUAAGAACGGCAGCAAGAGCUGA